AGCAUGUUAGCGUGACCAUCCUCGCGGUGAUGCGUGUUUACUGCUAUCUUCUAUAUCGUUUCACAAUGUGGGAGGUUUAGCUGGCGCCAAUUUGAAGCUCAACCACCCAAAGUUGUUUCACAGAGUAUUUGAGGGACUUUGUGUGACAUUUAGGCUAGUACCCACAUCUCAUCCACAUUUAUGUCUGCAGAAUUCAGUGUUCAUCUCAUAAAGUCAAAAGAAUUAAAUAUGAUGAUCAACACUGGCGAAGCUGUGGGUAAAUGGAAGGUAAUGGCACGUCCAUCUUUGCCCUCCUCUUUGGACUCCACAUUGCCUGGGAUAUCCCGGGUAGUUCUGUCGGUAUCCAUGGAACCGAAAUAUCAGUGCCAGCAGUGUAAAGAGAUUCUCAGGAAACCUUUUCAAGCGCAGUGCGGACAUCGCUUCUGUGUGUUCUGUUUCAAACAACUUACCAGUUCAGGUCCCACACCUUGUGAAGCCUGCCGUGCUGAGGGUAUAUUUGAAGAGGAACUGUCUAUGCUCAAUAUUACAGUGGCAUUUCCUGACAACGCAGCUCGACGAGAAAUCGAUAACUUGCCCGCUAAGUGCCCAAAUGAAGGAUGUACAUGGACAGGAACAUUAAAAGAGUAUGAGGGUCAGCAUGAAGGUCGCUGUGACUUUGAGCGUGUCAAAUGUGAAGCAUGUCAAACUCUUAUCUUGCUUAGCGAGAAAGACCGUCACAAUGAGCGGGAAUGUGAGGCCAGAACCCUCAAUUGCAAGUACUGCAAGGUCACAUUCAACUUCAAGGAUAUUAAGGCCCACGAUGAAAUUUGUCAGAAGUUUCCUAUGCAAUGCAAAGACUGUGGAAAAAAGAAAAUCCCACGAGAGAAGUUUCAAGAACACAGCAAGUCGUGUGCAAAGUCCAAGUCGGCAUGCCAGUUCAGUGAGAUUGGCUGCAGGGUUGUGACUGACAAUGGUAAACAGCAGGAGCAUGAACAGGCCAGUGUGAUGGAUCAUUUGCGUCUCAUGUUGGGUGUACUCUCCUCUGUGCGCCUGCGUGCCGAGGGGGCUGGAGAGUGCCAGGAAGAUUCCGGACUGGGACUGUACCGCGGACCUGAAGACGCUCCACUGGCAGGGGCUCAUGCUGCCGCCCAUAAUGCAGCAAGAAGAGGCGAUCCUGGUGUUCAACAGAAAGUCACAGCAUUGGAGAAUAUAGUUUGUGUGUUGAAUCGAGAGGUGGAGCGUUCAGCCCUCACCUUGGAGGCUUUGUCUCGACAACACCGCCUGGACCAGGAGAAGAUCGAGAACUUGUCAAACAAGGUGCGACAGCUGGAACGGACUUUAACCAUGCGAGAUCUGCAGUUAGCAGAGUCCGAGCAGUCUUUGCAGGAGCUGCAGUUUUGCACUUACGAUGGUGUUUUCAUAUGGAAAAUAGCAGACUUCUCUCGCCGCAGGCAAGAUGCAGUGGGUGGCCGAGCUCCAGCAAUGUUCUCGCCUGCAUUCUACUCCAGUAAAUAUGGUUAUAAGAUGUGUCUGAGACUGUAUCUGAAUGGUGACGGCACAGGCAGGGGCACACACCUCUCGCUGUUCUUUGUGGUCAUGAGGGGCAAAUAUGAUGCGCUGUUGAAAUGGCCCUUCAGCCAGAAGGUGACAUUGAUGCUUUUGGACCAGAACAACAGAGAGCACAUCAUUGAUGCCUUCAGACCUGAUGUGAGCUCCACCUCCUUCCAGAGACCCAUCAGUGAGAUGAACAUCGCCAGCGGCUGCCCGCUCUUCUGCCCACUUGCCAAGCUGGCAGGCAAAAGCUCCUACCUGAGAGAUGAUACUAUAUUUAUUAAAGCCAUAGUGGAUCUCACUGGAUUAUAAAACAUAACAGAGCUGCGGAAGCCUAAUGUUUUAAAAAUAUUAAAUAGCAUAUAUUAUUAAUAAUAAAUGUAAAAGUAUAAGAAUACAAUAUUUAUUAUUUAUAGAUAGCUCAGCAAUGCCUGCAUUCUUUAUUUUAAUAUGUUUUUUACAUUAUAUAUAAUAAUAAUAAUGCCAAAUAUGUUCAUUAUAAUUAAUAUUUAUUAUAAUAAAUAAUAAUAAUACAUAACUAUGUAUGUAUGUGUAUGUAUAUAUAUAUAUAUAUAUAUAUAUAUAUAUAUAAAUAUAUAAAAAUAUUUUAAUUAUCAUGAUCAGAUAUGACAGCUGACUAAUUGUUAGCAUCUCGUAAUUCUAUGGCAGUUAAAUAUUUAGUCCAUCUAGUACAUGUACUUGUAGGGAGAUUUCCCAUGCCGUUAAAGAUGUUAACAGUAUAAUCAAAUUUUUAGGGGUAUGGGGCAUUUUGCUGGAAGUAUGGUGGUGUAUAAAGAGACGUGCUUUUCAUUUGACACCAAUCUGCCAUUUAAUUUUGGGAACUAGCUGAAUAAUAGAGCAUUAUUAAUAUGGAUAAAUGGUUUAGUGGGCGCUUGUAAGAGUCCUUCAGCUCAUAGAUAUGAAUUAAUUUGUGUUUUUCUUAUUGAGGUCUUGUGUGCAGCAUGAGCAUUGAUGCGGCAAUAAUUGAUACAUUUCUUUGAGUUAUGUUUGAAAAGUUAUGAGUAAAAAACCGUAGCAGAAUAGGAUGGACUUCCACACAUCAUGACUAGCCAGUGCUUUAAUUCACAGCAAGAACACCCCAGUUCUGAGCGUCAUCUGAGCAUGUGUCGGGUUCUUUUUAUUUGGGCUUGGGCAUUAAAUGGCUUCAAAGAUGAAAAGCUGUAGACGUUUAAUCUGCUUCAAACCCUUAUAAAAGGGACUGGUGUACCAUUGUAACAAUGCAUGGCAUGGCAUGGUUUUGGGCAGAUGAAUAACCUAUCUUUCCAUCAUUUAUUACUGUAGACAUUGACUUAACUAACUCUUAGUUAUGCAGUUGGGACUUUUUAUAUUCCUUUAGCAUUUAUUUAGCUAUUCACUAGCUAUAAAUCAAUCAAUAAAUGUGACAUUGUAUUGUCUAUAGAUUUUUAUAUUUUCCUUUUAUCUUUCAGGGGUAGAAGUAACUAUACUAGCAAAGAAUCAAGCAUAAUAACGUCAUAUUAUAUGCAUACAACAUAUAUAGUGUAAAAAAAAAAAUGGUCUUGUAAUACAGUUGUUUGUGUGUACUAUCCAUAUUGUAUUACUAAUAAAAAUGUGUUUCAUAAUUAA